CUAGGCCAUGGAAACCAUAUAAAAAGGCUCACAUCACAAUGCUCCUCAAUCGACACAACUUCUUCGUUAGUUCCUGUAGGUGAAUUGGUUUUGCCCACGUCCCAGGAAGAUGGCUUACCACCAGCAAUGCAAACAGCCCUGCCUGCCUCCUCCAUGCUGUGAGACCAAGUGCAAUACCAAAUGCCUGGAUCCCUGCUGCAAAGUCUGUGUAACCAAAUGUGUGACAAAAUGCCUGGAUCCCUGCUGCAAAGUCUGCGUGAAGAAGUGCACUACAUGUGUGCGUCCAUGUCCAUGUCCAUGCCCUCAAAACAGUCCUGCACAGGUGGGCAUUUUGGAAGGCAGGGAGGACAUGGAGGACACUUUUGAUGGCAUGGAGGGCAUGGAGGACACUUUUGAGGGCAUGGAAGACACUUUUGAGGGCACGGGCAUGGAUGCACGCAUGAAGAUGGCUUACCAGCAGCAAUGCAAACAGCCCUGCCUGCCGCCUCCAUGCUUUGUGAAGCAAUGCAAGACUAAAUGCGUGGAUCCGUGCCCUCCAUGCCCUCCUAAAUGCGUGGAUCCGUGCCCUCCUAAAUGCGUGGAUCCGUGCCCUCCUAAAUGCGUGGAUCCGUUCCCUCCUAAGUGCGUGGAUCCAUGCCCUCCUAAAUGCGUGGAUCCGUGCCCUCCUAAGUGCGUGGAUCCGUGCCCUCCUAAGUGCGUGGAUCCAUGCCCUCCUAAGUGUGUGGAUCCAUGCCCUCCUAAGUGUGUGGAUGUGUGCCCUCCGUGCCCACCUCUGCAGCAGUGCUGCCAAGAAAAGAAGUUCUGUUAG